AUGGUUGUUCUAUCUGCACUUCCAGAAGGAUCUUCAUCUUCUUCAUCUAGUCUUGGCCAUAAUUCACCAACUCGUGGCCAUAGUUCAUCAACUGAUGGUCAUAGAUAUGAUGUAUUUCUAAGUUUUAGAGGUGUUGACACUUGUCAUAGUUUCACUGAUCACCUUCAUCAGGCCCUCAUUGAUGCCAAUAUCACUACCUUCUUGGAUGAUGAAGAGAUUGAAACAGGGGAAGAUCUAAAACUAGAACUGGAGACUGCAAUUAAGGCAUCUCGGGCUUCUAUUAUUGUGCUGUCUAAGAAUUACGCUUUUUCAACAUGGUGCCUGGAUGAAUUGGUGCUGAUCCUUGAGCAGCGUAUGACAUCCAACCAUAUUGUUAUCCCAAUAUUUUAUCAUGUGGAGCCCACACAUGUCAGGAAGCAACAAAGUAGCUUUGGAGAUGCAAUGGCUAAGCAUAAACAAACAAUGGAGGCAGAGACAAAUGCAAAUAAAAGAAGUCAAUGGGCUCAAAAGUUGGACCGAUGGAAUAAAGCGCUUAAAGAAGUUGCUAAUUUAAAAGGAAAUGAUGUUUAUGGAAGGCUAGAGACGGAAUUUAUUGAAGAAAUUGUGAAGGACAUCCACCGUAGGUUACAUGUACCCUUAAGGAGUGUUUGGCAACAACUUAUUGGGAUGGACUAUGAUAUUAAGUUCAUCACUUCAUGGUUGAAAGAUGGAUCCUCACAUAUGGAAGACAUACUCACUAUUACGGGAAUCGGCGGGAUCGGGAAGACAUCUUUAGCCAAACAUAUCUAUGACCUAUAUUGGUGUAAAUUCAGCACAAGCAGUUGUGUUGAAGAUAUCAGUUGGAGAUGUGAUGGAAAGUUUAAUGGGCUGCUUGAUAUACAAACACAACUCUCGGAUGACAUUUCAAAAAAAGUUUAA